GCAAACCCUGAAGGCUGGAGCUCUUGAUUGACACCUAAGAAUGAGUGUAACACUUUCAGAAUCGAAGCAUCUUAAGCUCCUCCCUCUCCUUAAAUCCCCCGAACCCUCCUCCUCCCUUCUCCUCCUCCGCCGCCUCUGCGCCGAGCCCGACCCACAACCACCGAAGCACGACGAUGAAGCUAUUGAAGCGACAGUAACACAAGCACUUGAGCUGCUGAAGCAAACCCCACAACAUGAGUGGGCGACUUUUCAACCUCUUCACACUCUCCUUUUUUCCUCUGAUCCAUCUCCCCGUGUCCUCGCCGGAAUCACCCGUCGCCUUCCUUCCCACUCCGCCGCACUCAACUUCGUUGACUACCUUCGGAGCAAUUCGCCAUUGCAAGAUGCGCAACUGCUCUCUUCUGCAUUUCUGGCUGUUCUCGAGCUUGCUAAAAGGGAAAUGGAUUCGCCAGAAAUGUUAUCUGAACUGUAUCGGGUGUCGAAAGAGUGGAAAGUUCCGCUUAAUGUCAAAGCCGCCGUACUUCUCAUUCGGUGCUUCGGAAGGGCUGGAAUGGUUAAUGAAUCCGCAGUUGUGUUCAAUGAACUCGAUCCGUCUCUUAAAAGCACUCAUUUUUGCAAUGUGUUCAUUAGCUUGUUACUGAAGGCUGGGUGUAUUGAUGAUGCAUUGAAGGUGCUCGACGGAAUGCUUCAACCAGAAUCCGAGGUUCCACUGAAUGAUGCUACUGCAGACACGUUUUUCCAGGCCUUGUUGAAGGAGGAGCACAAAGGAAUGUGGUUAAGUGUCGAAGAGAUUGUUGAGUUGGUAUUGAAAUUUGGUGAACACUAUGUCUUUCCAAGCUCCAUUGUGAUUACUAAGCUGAUUGCAAGACUGUGUAGGGGCCAAAAAUUUAAUCAAGCUUUGGAUUUUCUACGUGAAUUGAUGAAGCUUCAUGCUCCCAUUGAAGCCACUUGCUUCAAUUUGAUUUUGACUGAGUUAGGGAGGAAUGGUGAUGUUGAUAGAAUGAAUUCACUUUUGAGAGAGAUGAGGGACGCUGAUAUCCAGCCCGAUAUAACUACUUUUGGAAUUCUUAUAAAUACAUUAUGCAAGUUACGGAGGGUUGAUGCGGCAUUGGAUGUGUUCAAAAGGAUGCGUGAAGGAAGUGAUGGUAUUUUUGUUCAAGCUGAUGUUGUCACUUAUACUACUUUGAUUGAUGGACUUUGUAAAGUAGGGAGACAAGAAGAAGGAUUGGCUAUGAUGGAACAAAUGAGGUCACUGAAAGGCUGUGCACCUAAUACUGUUACCUAUAGUUGCUUGAUUGAUGGGUUCUGCAAAGGUGGAGAGAUUGAUAAGGCUCGGGAGUUGUUUGAUCAGAUGUUGAAGAGUGGAUGCUCUGCAGACGCAAUUGUAUACAAUACUAUGAUCUCUGGUUUGAGUCAAGCGGGAAGGAUGGAUGAUGCCAGCAAUGUUUGGUCAAAAUUGAAAGAAGCUGGAUUCCACCCCAACACUGUAUCCUACAAUGUUCUCAUUGAUGGGUUCUGCAAGAGGAACAUGCUAGAUAAAGCUUGUGAGAUUGUUGAGGAAAUGGAGGAAGCUGGAAUGAAGCCUGAUACUGUCACAUAUAACAUUCUGAUUACUUAUUUUAGCAGGGCUGGGGAUUUUUCAGCUGCCCAAAGCCUGAUGAAGAAAAUGGUAAAGGAGGGUCUUGUGCCUACUGUUGAAACAUUUGGAGCUCUGGUACAUGCACGCUGCUUAACUGGACAAAUUGAAGAAGCACUGAAGGUUUUCAAAAACAUCUCAAAAUCAAAGCUUUUGCCGAACACCAUAAUAUACAAUAUUCUCAUAGAAGCACUCUGCAAGAACAAUAGAGUAGAAGACGCUUCCUCCCUGAUGGAUGAUAUGAAAGUGAAGGGGGUGAAGCCAAAUACUUCCACGUACAAUUCUAUGUUUAGAGGUCUUAAGGAGAAAAACAGUUUGGAGGAAGCAUUUAAAUUGAUGGACAGAAUGAUCAAUGAUGCUUGCAAUCCUGACUAUAUUACUAUGAAGAUUCUCACAGAAUGGCUAUCUGCUGUUGGUGAAAUGAAUAAGUUGAAAAUUUUUUUGAGAGGACAUAGUUUGUCUGCUGCACCUGGAUAGAAAGGCUGCAAGGGUAGAAGUGGGGCUUCCAAUUCUACAAAAUCGAAUCUCCAACCCUGAUGAAUUGGUUAUGCUAACGAGAACCCUGAAAACCUCUUGUUUACAUUACUUCUCAUGCUGCCAUUUUCAGGAUUUUAACUCCAUUAAAGGCCUUUCUUUCUGGCAGUGUUCUUGUGCAAUCCAGCUCCAGCAAUUCUUCAUGCCAGAUUCCAUAAUCUCACUCCGGAGUGAUCAAAAGAGGAGGCAUACAUACUUGGGAUGUAUGUUGCAAAGCCAAUUCAUAAUAUUUGCAUACUGAGAUUCAUGCAUCAUUUAAUCAAUCAAGAAUCACAGAGUUG